AUGUCCAUGCAGAGGAUGGUGCGCGUGUCCCUGGAGCACCCCACUAGCGCUGUGUGUGUGGCUGGCGUGGAAACCCUCGUGGACAUUUAUGGGUCGGUACCUGAGGGCACGGAGAUGUUUGAGGUCUACGGGACCCCCGGCGUGGACAUCUACAUCUCUCCCGGUGUGACCAGGCGCGGGGAGCGGGAGCGCGCCGACACCAGGCGCUGGCACUUUAAUUCAGGCUCGGAGAUCAUUGUGAUCAUGAACUCUCCCAGCAACGAUGUCAAUGACAGCCAUAUUCAGAUCUCCUACCACUCCAACCACAAGCCUAGGCCCCUGGCCUACGCGGUGCUCUACCUCACCUGUAUUGACAUCACUCUGGAUUGUGACGUGAACUGUGAGGGCAGGCAGGACAGGAGCUUUGUGGACAAGAGACAAUGGGUCUGGGGACCUGGUGGAUACGGAGCCAUCCUGCUGGUGAACUGUGACAGGGAUGACGUGACCUGUAAUGACCAGGACAACUCUGACCAGCAUGUGCACUGCCUGCAAGACCUGGAAGACAUGUCCAUCAUGGUCCUGCGGACACAAGGCCCCGCCGCCCUCUUUGACGACCACAAACUUGUCCUCCACACCUCCAGCUAUGAUGCCAAGCGGGCACGCGUCUACCACGCCUGUGGUCCUGAGGACUCAUGUGAGGCCUAUAAGCACGUGCUGGGGCAGGACAAGGUGUCUUACGAGGUUCCCCGCUUCCAUGGGGACGAGGAGCGCUUCUUUGUGGAGGGUCUCUCCUUCCCUGACUCCGGCUUCACGGGGCUCAUCUCCUUCCACAUCACCCUCCUGGAUGACUCCAACGAGGAUUUCUCCCAGUCCCCGAUCUUCACUGACACGGUGGUGUUCCGUGUGGCGCCCUGGAUCAUGACGCCCAGCACCCUGCCGCCCCUGGAGGUGUAUGUGUGCCGUGUGAGAAACAACACGUGUUUUGUGGAUGCGGUGGCGGAGCUCGCCGAGAAGGCUGGCUGCAAGCUGACCAUCUGCCCUCAGGCCGAGAACCGCAAUGACCGCUGGAUCCAGGACGAGAUGGAACUGGGCUACGUGCAGGCGCCACACAAGACCUUCCCAGUGGUCUUUGACUCCCCCAGGAAUGGGGAACUGCAGGACUUCCCCUACAAGAGAAUCCUGGGUCCGGAUUUUGGCUACGUGACUCGGGAGCCACGAGACAACUCUGUGUGUGGCCUGGACUCCUUUGGGAACCUGGAGGUCAGCCCCCCAGUGGUGGCCAACGGGAAAGAGUAUCCACUGGGGAGGAUCCUCAUUGGGGGCAACCUGCCUGGGUCGAGAGGCCGCAGGGUCACCCAGGUGGUGCGGAACUUUCUUCAUGCGCAGGGCGUGCAGCCCCCCGUGGAGCUCUUCGUGGACUGGCUGUCCGUGGGCCACGUGGACGAGUUCCUGAGCUUCGUCCCUGCCCCCAAUGGGAAGGGCUUCCGGAUGCUCCUGGCCAGCCCCAACGCCUGCUUCAAGCUCUUCCAGGAAAAGCAGAAUUGGGGCCAUGGCAGGGCCCUCCUGUUCGAAGGGGUUGACAACCAAAAGGUCAAAACCGUCUCCAUCAACCAGAUCCUCUCCAAUAGAAACCUCAUCAGCUACAACAAGUUUGUGCAGAGCUGCAUCGACUGGAACCGGGAGCUGCUGAAGCGGGAGCUGGGCCUGAUGGAGCAGGACAUCAUCGACAUCCCGCAGCUCUUUAAGACCGAGAGGAAGAAGGCAAUGGCCUACUUUCCUGACUUGGUGAACAUGCUGGUGCUGGGCAAGCACCUGGGCAUCCCCAAGCCCUUCGGACCCAUCAUCAACGGCCGCUGCUGCCUGGAGGAGAAGGUGCGGUCCCUGCUGGAGCCGCUGGGCCUCCACUGCACCUUCAUCGACGACUUCACCCCGUACCACCUGCUGCACGGGGAGGUGCACUGCGGCACCAACGUGCGCCGGCAGCCCUUCUCCUUCAAGUGGUGGAACAUGGUGCCCUGAGGACCCCCACCCUCCAUCCUCUCCCCCUGGGGUGGGACAUCAGCCUGGUGAUGGAGACUGAGACAGGUCCCUGAACAGUAAGCAUCAAGAGACCCCAAGGUUCCAGAUGGAUCACUGAGCAUGACGGGCCCUCUCAGAAGCCUUUUCCCUAGAAAUAUUCACUCUCCCCUGCAACCAGUUGGGUUCUCAGACUUGGAUCCUCUUGGCCUCCCAAGAAGAAGGACCUCACUUUUUGUGACCUCUCAUGCGGAUCAACUUGAUGCAUGGGGACCCCUCCUAACAUCCCCUGUUCUGCUCCCAAAUCAUCCGUUUGGACCUGAUUGACUUUGGGGUCUAGAAACGUCUGUGCUUCUCCUCUGCCAGCUUGGCCAGUGUGUCCUGAUGGAAGAAGGACCCACGAUGCUGCUGUGGUCCGGUUGCUUCUUGCUGUGCAGGGUCACAGCCCUACAGUCAGAUCUCUGCACAGCACAGGGGCAUUCACCCACAGCCCCACCCGCUGGGAAGGGUGGGGCCCUCCUGUGCUCCAACUACCGAGCUCCUAACCAGAUGUUGAACUCUGUACCCCCCCUUCACAUAGUAGGUGCUUCUAGAUGCCUGUUGAAGGAAUGAUAGUUGUCCCUUAGCCUAAUAAACCUCCCAU